AUGCUGCCCGCGGGGAGCGCCUCGGGGCGCUCUUCGCGAGGGCUCGGCACAUCCUCUGUGGCGGACGGCGUGGUGCUCCACAGGCGAGCGGAGGCCCCAGCGGGCAGCGCCGCCGAAAGGCCCGCGCAAGCCGCGAAGGCCGCUGGCGCCGGCGAGGCCGCAGAGGCCACCGCCGAGGCCAUCCCUGAGGCGGCCCCCGCGGUCGCCCCUGAGGCAGCACUUGCGGCGGGGGCGGCGGGGCCCGCGGGCGCCGUUGAGGAGGCGGCCCUGGGGGCCGCGGCCAAGGCCGCAGCCGGGGAGGCCGCCGCCGGGCAGGCGAGCGUCGAGGUUGCCGAGACUUCGGAGCCUGCCGCUGCUGGCCCCGUCGCUGGACCCGCUGGGACCGCCCAGGAGGACGAGGACGACGACCCCGACUACGACCCGUUCGCGGCCGGCAAGAAGGAGGACGACAAGGCGAAGGAGGCGGGCGAGGAAGCUGCUGGCGAUAAGGCAGCAGACGCCUCGCAGGACCGACGGGCGCAGGCUCGCGUGUCGCAUCUCAGGCCGAGCGUGCUGAUUGUCCUAGCCGUCCCGGCUCCGACAGGGCGCGCCGCAGAAGACGAGCGUCGCCCAGUGGUCCCGGCCGGCCGUGGGGCCAUGUUGGCCUCGGCGCUGCCGGCGGCGCUGCCGAAGGUGUCGGGGGUCAUGAGGCCAGGCUCCAGCCGGCUCCGGGCACUUCCACUGUUGAGCGAUGCCGUGCUCGGCGCUGGUGCGCGCCGCUGCCUGGGCGAGUGGUGCCUGCGGGCCACGUGCGCGCACCUCGUUGAGGGCGGACAGUGGGCGAAGGUGACGCUGGACGAGCUGCAGGCAGAGCACGAAGAGUUGUCUUCAGCCCAAGCUGCGCGGCUCAUGGAGUGCGAUCGGCGCUCUUCAGGUCGUCUCCCUCGAGGUGACACUGCCAACUUCGCGGAGCAGCUCAACGGCGUUGGCAUCUCAGAUGACUGGCGAGUUGAGGAGAGCCCGGUGUCGUGGUCGGACUUUUGGUAUGUCGAAGCGCAAGACUCGACCUGCAUGGUGGGCAACCGCAAGUGCGUCGCCGCGGCGAUGGGCUCAAUCGAGCUUGGCGACCGCCUGAAUGCGUUCCUGCAGUAUGCCCAGGGACUGGCGGCUGCAGAAUGCUCCGUUAUUGCCGGGGCGCUCGUGCAGCGUCGGAUGAAGACCAUCGCUGCGCUGGCGAGCCUGAAUGUCGAGCAGCAGGUGGCUGUCGCCGUGCUCCCGGAGAGCUUCGGCGGCCUGUCGGCCGGCACGCCCAUCACCGUCCGCGGGUAUCCGGUGAAGGACACUCUUGCCAUGGUGUGCCAUGCCAUCGAUGCGAACUGCGACUGUGCACGAAGCGGUCAGGGCUACCCUCCGCGCCUGGAGAUCAUGAAGAUCGCUGUCGACAUGAGCUGCCGCGUCGUGCCACGUGUAACCUUCCGUGAGCUGCUGGCCGCGCCGACUAUCAUCCCGCGGGGCACGUCGAACGCCACGGCCAGUCGGACGGCACUUGUACGCGGCGCCUUUGAGGAGUUCCACCUCGCAUCCGAGUGGCGCGACAUGAUCGAGGUCGCGCGCGGCGACAGCAUUGUUAGCGCGCUCCACGGGCGCGCGCUGAACUGCGCCACGGCGGUCAUGCAGCUGGACAUGAACAGCGUUAUCGACGCAGUGCUGGGAAGGAUGCGCGAUGCGAAGUCGCUGUCGCGCGUCAACCCGAGAUUAUCCGAGAACGCGGCACGGGUGGCAGCGCGCAAGGCCAGCUUGCAGCAGGUGGACGAGGCAGCGCGCUUCGUCCAGCAGGUGUCCAGCAGGAACUUUGACGCCGCCAGGUGCCCCAGGGGGGAGAUCGAGCGCUGCGUGCAGCUCUUGCAUCCGGCAUCUGCGCAGUCAGAAUGGCCGAGUUCCGUGUGCGACAGCGCCGUGAUGCCUGUGUCGCGCGGCUAUCGGAAGUUGAAUCUGGACCGCCUGAGGCAAUCGAUGAACCUGGCCGUCGACGGGUGCGCGGAUCUCACUUGGCCGCGGCCCUCCAGUCAGAUCGGCGUAGUGUCGUUGGGCCGCGAGACGCCCGGCUUCUCGUCGCACUGGAAGCCGGCGUUCAGGCUCGGGCGUUCGCGGCUGAAUUGCGGCUGCGGCGUGUUCUCCGGGGGCCAGAGGUCGAGGCGCAGCGGCUCGCUCCUCAAGCUCGCGGCAGGGCGCCUUCCCGGAGUCGCGUCGGCUAUCGUGCACGGGCUCAGUGCGGCAGCGUCGGCUUGCCUCAAGCAGCACAAGGCGUUCGAUUACGUCGACAGGGUGUCUGACAGUCUGGGGAUCAGGCGACUCAGCGACGUGGUCUCGCUGCUGGCACUGCCGCUGAGCGAUAAGCGGCAGAACGGCUGCUUCGGGACCUCCUCGCACCCUGCCAUGAGCAAGUCCUUCGUGGCCGGAUACUGCGCGUCGCUGGCCGACGCAGUGCCAGACUCCGAUGCAGCGGCCUUGGGCCCCCCCGAGCUGCAGUCGCUUGUGCGCGAGUACGAAUCCGAGUUUGUGUGUUUGGGUUUGCUUAACAGGCGACAAUACUCCAUGGGGGGCCACAUGCUCCUGUCCGGUGGCGCGGGUCCUAGCCUCGGCAUGCUCGGGCGCAAUGGGCAGGAACCGUCGAGCCUGCGUCGUGUCGUGGGCUGCGCGGUGGAGGCCCUGCGCAGCGCGGCGGCGUGGCACAUCGCAGGCGACUGCGACGAGUUCCUCGUGCACGGUGCAGAGCACCAGCAGCUGAACCUGAGCCUUCUACCUGCUUCGUUCGGCACAUUCGGCAGCCGCGUGUGCUUUCUGCCGUGGCACAAGUGCACAAUGAGUCCCGGCGCUACAGGUUGUUCGCAGCGAGCGGGCCCGCCGCGCCCGGGUGGCGCUGCCAGCUUCUACUGCGAGGAGGGGGAGCUUGAGGUGCGAGCACAGGCCGGAGUGCUCACGAUCUCGGGCGGCACGGCGUUCCGGCCGCACGUGCGGGGCCCCGAUGCACUCGACCAGUCCACUGACGACGCCCUGCGGCCGCUGCGAGACUACUUGACCAGUCGGACCGAGGCGUGCUUCGACUGCCCGUCGGUCGCGCGGCAAAGGUCAGAGGGUGACGCGGCCCGGGCGUGCGAAGACGGUAGACCCACCCAGCUGAACAUGGCGGGCAUAGUGCGCAUUGUGAGCGACAUCGGCAGCAGUGCUGAGUACUUCGGCAAUCUGCGCAGCGUGUUCGUGUCAGCAGACCUCGAGUUCGCAGGAGUGGACGGCAUCUCGGUGAGCUCUGAGCAGCCGCGAUUGCACUCGUCGUUCGAGGCUCGACUUCCCUGCGGUCCUGACACUGCCACAAUGAACUGCCGCAUGGGCUCGUCGCUGUCGGGGCUGGGCGCAGUAUCGUUCGUGCUUGGCUCGGCCUCCGCGCUCAAUCACAAGUGCUACGGUCGGGACCCGGACUGGGCCCGCGAGAGCUUUCGGCUCCCCUUGCUGAGCGUGCCCAUGAUCGAGUCCGAGCUCCAGUCGGUUGUGAAAGACGCUCUCAUGCGCUGGGCGUCGUGCGUCUCCAUCAGAUACAUCGUGCAGUUCACAGCCAGCCUCUCGCACACCGAGGACGACAAGCUGCUCGAGCUCCUGGCCUGCGUGAGAGCCUGCCUCAGCGAAGGAGGAAAGCUAAAGGGCUGCGAUUCGGGCCUCGACGAGAGGGGCGCGGCCGCAGCGGUGCGGUACCUGCGCAACUUGAUGCAGCGAGUUGCGGCGGCUGCCAGCACAAAGGAGGUCGACCGAUCAUGGGGCCGCGUGUCGCAGCUCUCGCUCGGCAUGGUAGCCGACCGAGCACGGCGCCCGCGGCGCGUGCUGAUGCGCGGGCUCGAGCACAUAGAGUGCGCGCAGCUGCUCAUGAAGUUCGAGUGUUUCGCCUCGAUGGCGCCGUCGCGGCUCGAGCCCAACAUCUCUAGUGCCACCAGGGUCGUCGUGGACGAGCGGGUCCGGCUCUACGGACGUGUUGUCAGAGCGCCAGAGAUCGCCAAUGCGGCCGAGCGAGCACUUCGCUCCGGACCGCGCCUGAAACGAGGCGUGCAGACGCUCGCCAAGCUCGCGUGCACUGAUGCCCAGGAUUACGUCCAGGACGGCGUUGCACCGCACUGGGACCCCGAGGUGGUCGACUCGCUGACGAGAAGCGUGAGUACGGCGGACGACCACGGCGACGCCAUGACCAGUCUCCACAUGCGGAGGAUAAGGACUCGGUACAGCGCCCUGCUGGUUGAGGAGCAGGAGAACAGGGUUGCGCGCGUGGCGAGCACCGCGGGAGCAGUCCACCUGUCGUACAUGGAGCACACUGGAUGUGCGGCGGGCGACUUGAACGGCAAGCAGCACGAGGGGGCAUCGCGCCAUGUCGAAGACACCGCUCGAGAAGCGGGCGCGGAAGAUGAGUUGGAGAUGAAGCGGUGCGAGGACGGUUUGCGCUCUAAGUUGCAUGCCCUCUUCCGGGCGAGGGAGGACGUUGCCGCUCAUGCAGCAGAGACCAAGCGACAGGUGGAGGCAGCGUUUCUGGACUCUUCUCUCGCCGGCAGACAGCGGCCAGCCCCGUCUGACUUGGACCGAGCGCUCCGAUGCGCUGCGGGCGCGACGGCCGAACGCCACAGGCUGUCUAUGGGCGUGCCCGGCUCGAAGCUGUAA